CGCGGAUGCGGCCAAUGCGGAAACCGACUGGUGUCCCUGGUGCAAGAAACACCGCGGCCGGUUUCGUUGAUCUCGUUAGCCGAGUAAAGACUCCAUGCUUCCGUCGGGAUAUAGAAGAUAACGAGGCCCGUCAGCACCACAUUAAGAACGACUUAUAUGGACGCCUGUCACGAACGGAAGAUCUCGAAGACGCGGUACCGCCGUUACAGGUUCGCUAACAACGAUGUUCCCUCAUUGUCUCUAGCGGCAGUCCUUCUACCCCGCGAUCCGUCUUCCAUCGACGGACGAAAGAAAAGCGUGACCGCCAUUUGGCCAUCGCCCAGGAUUGGUAGCAGCGAAAGUCCAUUGAGCUCGAUCAAGACAACGACGUCGGUUCUUCCUACUGUGAUGUGUCACCAGCUGAUGCCCUAUAAAUACUUACGGGGGUCACCGGUGCCGAGCAAACUCAGUUUUCCUUUCGGCGUCGUCAGUGGCACCUAGGAGCCUCCCUUUAAGCAAUCAUGAAGUUUCUUCUGAUUUUGUCACUACUCGCAGUAGCCAGUACAGCAAUCACAACCGACAAGCGUGAAAAGGAUGACUCGUCUGUAAAGAAGCACGAUAAAAGAGGUAUUGCCAACCUUGGAUAUGGCCUGCCACCUGGACCUCUCUACGCUGGACCUGAACCGGCGCCUGUUUACGAAGCUCAUGUUCACGAUGGACACUUGGACAUUGUACCUCCCCCGGCUGUAGCACAUCCAGCGCCCGCUGUUCCGGUACCAGUGCCGCAGCCAGUUCUGCAUCCAGUGCCUGUCCCGCAUCCGGUGGCUGUGCCACACCCGGUUCCGCAUCCGUUCCCAGUAGCAGUCCCUGUGACCAAACACGUGGCCGUUCCAGUGCCAGUGGAUCGUCCCGUUGCCGUUCCAGUCGCGGUUCCGGUGCCAAAACCGUAUCCCGUCCACGUGGAGAAGGUGGUGCACGUCGACAGACCAGUGCCGGUGCCAGUAGACAGGCCAGUUCACGUUCCCGUUGAUCGUCCAGUUCCUGUUCCUGUUGCAGUACCGAAACCGUACCCUGUUCCGUACGAGAAGGUGGUCCACGUGGACAGACCGUACCCCGUUCACGUGGGCGUACCCUAUCACGUCCCCAAACCUUACCCUGUACCGGUUGCUAUUCAUGCCCACAAAACCCACAGUUGGUUCAAGUGGCGACGUUGAUCCGGAUCCCUGUAAGUUCGAACCUGGCCACUUAUUAAAUUAGAUUAUAACAGAGUCUCGUCAAAACGCUAUUAACGAAACGUUUUCCUUAUUCGAUCGUAGCUUAUCCAUGUAAAAUAGGCGAUGAUGAACUUGUCACGAGUCACACUGUAUUUCAUCCCCGGUUAACUGAAAUCGGUUAACUCCCAUGUU